CCAGGAGGGAGGGGUGAGCUCUCCGUGGUGCAUCCUGCUGCUGCCUGCCUGCUGCCAGCCUCGCAAUCACAACUACAAAUGCCUCCUGUGCGAGGUGGUGGCUGCCUUCGCACUCUCGGGUUCCUCUGCCUGUUCACAGUGGUGGAAACAAAAAUCAGAACCUACUACCUCGGGAUUGUGGAAGAGAACUGGGACUAUGCACCAUCUGGGAAAAAUCUGAUCACGGGACAGAGCCUCUUGGAGGACAAGUUUGCAAGUGUGUAUGCAACAAGAGGAGCCAACCGCAUAGGGCGUGUGUACAAAAAGGCUAUUUUUAGGCAAUUCACCGAUGACACAUACUCCCAGGAAAUCCCCAAAGCAGCCUGGCUGGGAUUCCUCGGGCCAGUCCUGAAGGCAGAAGAAGAGGAUGUCUUUAUUGUCCAUUUGAAAAACUUUGCUUCCCGUCCAUACUCAGUGCAUCCACAUGGGGUCUUCUAUGACAAGGACUCUGAAGGAGCGCUUUACCCAGAUGGAACCGGCGGUAAAAGCAAAGAGGACGAUUUUGUUGUUCCCGGUGGAAAUUACACGUACACAUGGCCAGUAAGGAAAGAUUAUUCCCCAACUUUGGCAGACUCAAACUGCUUGACUUGGAUUUACCAUUCUCACAUUGACACACCAAGAGAUAUUGCAUCUGGUUUAAUUGGGCCACUGCUGGUUUGUAAAAAAGGAACUGCAGAUGAGACCUCAAUAGAAAGGACUGGUGCUGCUAAUGCUUUUGCCCUGAUGUUUAGCAUUGUAGAUGAAAAUUUCAGCUGGUACCUCGAUGAGAAUAUAAAGACUUUCUGCUUAGAACCAGCAACAGUUGACAAAGACGAUGACGGUUUCCAGACCAGCAACCGAAUGCAUGCUCUUAAUGGUUAUAUUUAUGGAAAUCUCCCUGGCUUGGAGAUGUGUGCUGAUACUCCCAUGUCCUGGCACUUGAUUGGCAUGGGAAGCGAGAUUGAUAUACACGCUGCGUAUUUCUACGGCCACACAUUCACCAACAGAGACCAGAGGGCAGAUGUCGUCGGUCUGUUCCCAGCAACAUUCAUCACAGCAGAAAUGACCCCUGGGAGCCCCGGGAGGUGGUUGAUAACUUGCCAGGUUAAUGAACAUUUGCGAGGUGGCAUGGAGGCACUGUAUGAUGUACAGAUCUGCAAAGAAAAACUGUCUCAGCCUUCACCAGUCAGUCACAAGAGAAGAUAUUAUAUUGCUGCUGAAGAAGUGCUCUGGAAUUAUGGACCUGACGGUUAUGAUAAAUUCACUGGGCAGGGCUUAAAUGCCACUGGCAGUGAAUCUGCAAUUUAUUUCACACAAGGGACUGACAGAAUAGGAGGGCAAUACUGGAAGGUUCGCUAUGUGGAGUAUACUGAUGCAACAUUCAGUAAAAGGAAGAUUCAGCCAAAGAACAUGAAGCACCUAGGAAUACUUGGUCCUGUAAUAAAAGCUGAAGUGGGAGAUACAGUGCUAGUUACAUUUGCCAAUAAAGCCAAAAGGAGCUACAGCAUUAUGGCCCAUGGCGUAAGCUUCAGCAAACUGUCGGAAGGAGCUCCCUACUUAGAUGGAUAUAUGAAGCCAGGAGCCCACGUUAAGGCAGGUGAAACCUUCACGUACAAAUGGAGAGUGCCUGAAAAUGGAGGUCCAAGUGAGAACGACCCACCGUGCCUCACCUAUCUCUACUACUCAGCCACUGAUGCCGUCAAGGACACCAAUUCUGGCCUGGUGGGGCCUUUGCUGGUCUGUCGGAAGAACGUGCUGAAUGAGGACGGGACGCAGAAAGGAAUAGACAGAGAAUUCUACCUUCUAUUUUCAAUCUUUGAUGAAAAUGACAGCUGGUAUCUGAACAAGAAUAUCGAAGCAUUUACUGGAGACCCUUCAAAGGUAGAUGAAAAUGACGAGGAUUUCAAGGAAUCCAACAAAAUGCACGCUGUCAACGGCUACUUGUUUGGUAACCUGCCAGGCCUGGCCAUGUGCAAGGAUGACAAGGUCUCCUGGCACCUCAUCGGGCUGGGCAGUCACUACGACAUGCACGGGGUUCAGUUUCAAGGAAACACCAUUGACCUGAGAGGGACGACGAGGGACGGCCUGGCCUUGUUUCCUCACUUAUCGGGAACAGCACUGAUGCAGCCAGACCGUGUGGGCACAUUCAAGGUGGUUUGCAGGACUUUUGAUCACUUUGUCGGGGGGAUGAAACACCUCUACGAGGUCAGCAGCUGCCGCAAUGCCACCCGAGCCCAGCAGCAGCACAACACCAUGAGGAUCUUCUACAUCGCUGCGGAGGAGGUGGAGUGGGACUAUGCCUCAAAUAAGAGCUCAGAACCAAAGAUUUACAACAUCAGCAGCAAUGAGGAAAGUUAUGGGCACAUUUUUCUGAGCCAAGGUGAAGACCUAAUUGGUACAAAAUACAAGAAGGUGGUUUACAGGGAGUACACGAAUGGCAACUUUACACAGCGCAAAGUGCGGACAGAGGAGGAGGAACACCUGGAAAUCCUGGGGCCAUUACUCCAUGCCGAGGUUGGUGACUCUGUGCUGAUCGUGUUUAAGAACAAAGCCAGCAGGCCUUAUUCAGUGAGUGCACACGGUGUAGAAGAAGUGGGUUGUGAAGAACAACCUGAGACACCGAUUACCCUCCCAGGGGAAAUAAACACCUACAGGUGGAACGUUCCAGAGCGAUCCGGCCCUGGCAAAACAGAUCCAAACUGUAUCACUUGGGUUUACUAUUCAACAGUAAAUUUUGUAAAGGACACAUACAGUGGUCUCAUUGGGCCUCUUGUAGUUUGCAGAAAAGGAAUUUUGGAUGAAAAUGGUUUGAGGAAAGACAUUAAUCGUGAAUUUACUCUCCUGUUUAUGGUGUUUGAUGAAAACAAAUCCUGGUAUUUGAAAGAAAACAUUGAAACAUACCUUCAUAAGAACCCAGAUGAUUUUAAUUCCACUAAGGACUUUGUAGAAGGCAACAGCAAGCAUGCAAUCAACGGGAAGAUUUAUAACAGUCUGCUGGGUCUAACAAUGAAUGAAGGCGAUACGACGAACUGGUAUUUGAUAGGAAUGGGCAAUGAAGUGGAUAUACAUACAGUGCACUUCCACGCACAGACCUUCAUCUUCAAGACAGAUAAGGACCACAGAGGAGACGUGUAUGACCUUUUUCCUGGGACAUUCCAAACAGUUGAGCUGGUGGCAGAAAACCCUGGGACGUGGCUCCUGCAUUGCCAUGUAGCCGACCACAUCCACGCUGGCAUGGAAACGACCUACACCAUCAAUAAAUCAGAACGGGAAGCCCCUUCAGAAGGAACAGUCACAACUGUAGCUUAUGGUACCACCACUGCAGAAAACAGGACCACAGCAAAGGAUUAUAACAGCCAAGAGGGCACUCUUUGGGGCAAAAUCCUGAAUCCUGGAGCAGCCAGCCUGAUGUUCGCAGCUUUUGUUUUUGUUGGACUUGUUCUGCUGCUCACCACACUGACCUUCUUCUGCCUCACCACCCGCCAAGGAAGCAGGAUCCAGUACCAGGCUCUGCAUGACAAAAGCGUUUUUCCAGCAGACUCCCUGUAAGCCCCAACUUUAGCAUCCUUCACGGAGCUGCGCCGGAUUUCACGACAUGCUGCUGCUGCACCUGGAGCAAGAGCCACGCCGACAGCCCCAUCCCAGUAGCCAGCACUCACGACAGCGAACGUGAGCUGCCGGGCAGGGAUCCAAGAGCCACCCACCACCGUUCCCAUCCCGCUGCCUCUCAGCUGAGCUUUGCCGGAGCCCAAAUCUCUUGGCCAAUGCUCUGGCUACGAGGGGAUUUCAUCACGGGAGGAAGGAGUGGGCAGGAUUGCACCCGUGCACCCUUUGCAGAAGCAUGGGGGUUGCACCAAAUACCCCAAAAAACAUCGGGGACUGUUUUAGCGUGCUGGCUCCUGAAGGCACAUGUGUAAGUCUGGAAGUCCCUGCAGUGUCCCGAAGGGAAUCCAGGCUUACACCAGAGUCUGGCUCAGUGAUUCACUGACAUUUAACCAAUUCUCCUUUCCUUUUUUUUUUUUUUUUUUUUUUUUUUUCCCACCCUGUUAAAUGAGGAAACUACCCUGGGGACAGGUUUUUAAAGGCACCUAGGUAGUGACCAAUAUAAUUUAGCACCUGACAGAGCUCAGCAGCUGUUACAGUUUUUGUUAAUCCCUUUAAAAACCUAGCCCUGCGCAACCUCCCAGAAAGUUAUUAGACUUUGUAAUUGCUGCUCCGUGUGGUCGUCCUGAUUCUUUAACUCUUCUUUGCACCAAGCAGCACCUCACCCCCUAAUUUUAAUGAAACCAGCAGGAGGCUGAUGUCUGUGGUCUGCAGGGAAGAAGGACAGAAUCAGGCUGUGUCUAGUGAUACUUGAAUGUUUAUAGCUCAUGUUUAAUUAAUUAGACAGCGCUCACUCUUGCCAGCCAGCUGCUCCUGUCAGCUACAGCUCUUGCAGAGGAGCUCCAGAACUAACACAUCUGUGAAACUGUUUAUCCAAGUUGGAUUUUGAAUGUAAAUCCAGGUUGCUGUACUUUUUUAUUAUAUUUUUCCCAGCUCUAUAUUUUGAAGUAUGUUCAAAUCUAGGGAACUUGGCUGCCCAUCCCUCUUACUGCAGCCUAGCAGUGUCCCGGAUCCAUGUCCAGGUAGCUGAUACGUAGAAGUUUCUUGGGUGCUUCUUGGUUAUUUCCUGAUUCCUUGUUUUCCCCAGUUAUUUAAGAACACACACAUGAGGUAGAACUGCAGGACUGAGCCCAAAUAGGAGCUAUACUAUAGCAAUAAACACUUCCACACUCAUUUACUAAAUCUCCUCUUUGAGCUGACAAAUAGAUACCCUAAAUCCUGUGAUCUUUCUGUUUUGUAAACAUUGAUAUUGAGGUUUUCUGUUCUGUCCACAAACACUGCACAGAACAUUUCCUCUCUGUAUACAUACAAAUUAAAGCCUUUCCCUUAAACAUACGUGAUUAAUAAAGGAAGUUAUUUGGUACUUUCUCUUUUAGAGUAGCUGGCGUGUCUGAUUUUUAGAAACAGAACCGUAAAUAUAUUCUGUCCACAGUAACCAGCCAAAGUGAUGACAAAGAUAAUAAAGAUCUGGUUAUUUGUACAAAC